GCCGAAACCAUGGCUACCCAAUGCGUCUUCUCCAGCGUGCGUCCUCUGUUUCGACUUCCUUGGACGAAGAGGCAGAACGAAGCUUCGCAUUCCAAGAGGAAGAGGAGCAGUGGAAGGACGAAAGCUGGAAUCUGAACAUCUCGGAGGGGGCCGCGACGCUUGCAGCGCUGAAUACUUCAUGGAUCUUCGUGCGUUUCGGCCAGUUGGUCCGUGACCUCAUGGGCUUUGGUCACAGGCGGCCGGAAGUCUGUCACGGCACCACGCCAUGCCUUCUGAGGUGUCGGCAGGACAUCCUGGGCGAGGUCGUCAAGCGCAUGCUUCCCUGGCGGGCAGUGGAGUUUCUGUUCCUCCUGGGUCUUCUGAAGCCUCUGUCCGACAUCAAGCGCGAGCCGAGGGCGGUUCCAUACUUCUGCGUCCUGAGUCUGUACUUCAUCUACGUGGUGAUGAUAGGUCUCCCACCCUUGGAUUUCUCCUGUCAGGAGCUCCAGGAUGUCAUCGACUGCAGGCAAACGGAUUCCCAGGAGCUUCAGCAGCAAGCUGCAAACUUCGACUGCAGCUUCCAGGGCGAGACGCUGGUCCAAGUUAUGAUGGCUUGGAUCAUGCUCACGCCGCGUGUGGUGCCGACGAUGAAGCUGAUGAGAGCAACCUGGUUCUGGAUCGGGGCUUUCUACUUUGGUUCGGCCUGCUUGCAGAGAGCCUACUACCCGAUCCUCGACAAGGAUGGAAAAGAGCCCCACGACAUUUGGGAUCUUCUGAGCAUUACGCUGCUCCUCUUCAGCGUCAACCUCUUCGCCGUGGGCCGGAAGUACUACAUCGAGCGGCCCCGGCGAGGAGUUAUGCCAUGGUUCCCGUGUUGA